GUUUUCUUUAAAUUGACCACAAACCAGACAUCUCUAGUUUGGUGAACGCUUGAAAAGAGUGACAGAACCGAACUCAAAUGAACUUCCAAACCAUUUCAUCCUAAAAAAACAUCGAAGAAACAUCAUGCAAUCUUGUCUUACUCCUAGUUCUUCUUUGUUUCUCGUUUCAAUCCCUCCUCGAAAACCCAUUAACAGUCCACUUCAACCAUUCUCAAUCAAAUCCUCCAUUGAUAAAACACCCACCACCAAGCCCAAACCAGCACCAGCACCUUCGAAAACCACGUCUUGGGUCAGCCCCAAUUGGCUCACUUCAUUGACCAAGUCCUUAACAUUUGGUGCCAACGAUGACUCGGGGAUUCCCGUAGCCAAUGCUCAGUUGGAAGAUGUCUCUGAGCUUCUUGGGGGUGCCUUGUUUUUGCCGCUGUUUAAGUGGAUGAAUCAGUAUGGGCCUAUCUAUCGGCUCGCUGCUGGUCCUAGGAACUUUGUAGUGGUCAGUAACCCCGCCAUUGCCAAGCACGUGCUGAGAAAUUAUGGCAAAUACGCUAAAGGACUUGUCUCCGAGGUCUCUGAAUUUCUAUUCGGGUCGGGUUUCGCCAUUGCUGAAGGUUCUCUUUGGACGGUGAGGCGGCGAGCUGUGGUUCCAUCUCUUCACAAGAAGUAUUUGUCUGUUAUGGUUGAUCGAGUAUUUUGCAAAUGCGCAGAGAGAUUAGUAGAGAAGUUGCAACCUUUUGCAUUAGACGGCACGGCUGUAAACAUGGAAGAAAAGUUUUCUCAACUGACUCUUGAUGUCAUCGGUCUAUCAGUAUUUAAUUAUAAUUUUGAUUCACUGACAACCGAUAGCCCUGUCAUUGAUGCAGUUUAUACUGCUUUGAAAGAGGCAGAGUUACGAUCCACGGACAUUUUACCCUAUUGGAAGAUUGGAGUUUUGUGCAAGAUGGUUCCGAGGCAAAUAAAGGCUGAAAAUGCAGUUACAGUCAUUCGGAAAACUGUUGAAGAACUUAUAACAAAGUGCAAAGAGAUUGUGGAAAAAGAAGGUGAAAGAAUCAAUGAGGAGGAAUACGUAAAUGAUGCUGAUCCGAGUAUCCUUCGGUUCUUGCUAGCAAGCAGGGAAGAGGUUUCGAGCUUGCAAUUACGAGAUGACCUUUUAUCGAUGUUAGUUGCAGGUCAUGAGACUACCGGUUCAGUAUUGACAUGGACAUUGUAUCUUCUAAGCAAGGAUCCUUCGUCGUUGCCAAAAGCACAACAGGAAGUCGACACAGUUUUAGAGGGACGGCUGCCUACAUAUGAAGACAUAAAGAACCUCAAGUUUCUAACUCGAUGCAUAACUGAGUCAUUGCGUCUUUAUCCGCAUCCUCCUGUCUUGAUAAGGAGAGCUCAAGUUGAUGAUGUUCUUCCCGGUAACUAUAAAGUUAAAGCUGGUCAAGACAUAAUGAUUUCAGUAUACAAUAUACAUCAUUCUUCACAGGUUUGGGAAAGAGCUGAAGAGUUCGUGCCAGAAAGGUUUGAAUUGGAAAGCUCAGUUCCUAAUGAAACAAAUACUGAUUACAGGUUCAUUCCGUUCAGCGGGGGGCCUCGUAAGUGUGUUGGGGAUCAAUUUGCUUUGCUAGAGGCUAUCGUCGCACUCGCAAUCUUUCUUCAACGUUUGAAUUUCGAGCUGGUUCCGGAUCAAAACAUUAGUAUGACCACUGGAGCCACGAUACAUACUACAAAUGGUUUGUACAUGAAGCUCAGCCAACGCCUAAAUAAGUUACAGACUUAGUCGAUGUAUUGAAUUGUAUCGUGUCAUAGUCGUAAUGCACCAUCGUUGAACAAAAAACUACAACAAUUCUUUCGGGGUACGAAUGAAAUUUUAAUUUCUAUA